UGAAGAUGAGCAGGAAACUAGUUUGGAGGCAACCGUUCAAGAACGGCUUACAGCAUUCAAUUCACCCAUUCAAGAUUAGACCGCUGUCCCACCAACAAGCUCGAAAUGAGGGUCCUUUUAAUCUCAUUCCUUGUACAUUUUGCUUUUGCCCAAAAUUGUCAACCCGGUCCGUGUACCCGGAUUUUGGGAUUGGUUUACAAUGCCGAAUUGGACCAAUGCGCUUGGCCUGAUGAAGUGGGUUGUUCUCUGCAAGAUCUGGGAUACAACGCCAAUUGCAAUGGUUUGGGUGCUUUUGAUUUGAAGCCAGUGGAUUUUGAGGUGAAUGGGAUCCCUGCGGAUCGAACCUCAGACCAAUACUUCUUGGUCUGCGUACCGGAAACGACAGAGGAUGACCGGAUUAGUGAAAGAGCAUAUUCCACGGGAGAGCCUGUUCCCAGAUUACUCGGUUGUCCAGGGAGCUACUACUUUGAUCCAACAAUAGGGACUUGCCAAGAACCUUAACAACGUGGAUCAAUAACUGAAUGUAUUAUAGACUUGAUGUAAUAAACCAACAAACUUUUCUGCCAAA